UGCGGCUGGCACGGACCGUCCCUCCCUGGAGACGCGAGCGAGCAUCAGGGACGGAGGAAGCCGACGACAGGGGACACAGUCCGCUGUCGCUUCCGGAAACCCACCUCCACCGCGCAGCCCUCCGCGCGUAGCCUGACGGGAAAGCGCCGCCAAGCGGCCGCCGCGGGGCACGCUGGGAUCUCCCUGCGGCCUUCCCGGAAGUGUGUGUGUGGCUUCCUGCCCCUGUUCGCGCUAACUUCCGCCCCUGUGCCGGAAAGAGGGAGGUGUGAGGAGCGGAGCCGGCGGUGGUCACGUGGCACCACUGCGGAAGCAGCGGGAGAGGGGCGGGGUAGUGGGCGUGGCGGCCCGGUCACGAGUGGCCGGAAGUGGCGGCCUCUGCAGAUCAGCGGAGAUGGGGACCUCCCUGGACAUCAAGAUCAAGAGAGCGAAUAAAGUGUAUCACGCCGGGGAAAUGCUGUCUGGUGUGGUGGUCAUCUCCAGCAAGGACUCUGUCCAGCACCAGGGAGUAUCUCUGACCAUGGAAGGGACUGUAAACCUCCAGCUCAGUGCCAAAAGUGUGGGCGUGUUUGAGGCCUUUUACAACUCGGUGAAGCCGAUCCAGAUUCUCAACAGCACCAUAGACGUGCUGAAGCCAGGAAAGCUCCCCAGUGGCAAGACUGAGAUUCCCUUUGAGUUCCCUCUGCAUGUCAAGGGCAGCAAGGUGCUGUAUGAGACUUACCACGGCGUGUUUGUCAACAUUCAGUACACACUGCGCUGUGACAUGCGGCGGUCCCUGUUGGCCAAGGACCUGACCAAGACCUGUGAAUUCAUCGUUCACUCUGCUCCUCAGAAGGGGAAGCUGACCCCAAGUCCCGUUGACUUCACCAUCACCCCGGAAACCCUGCAGAACGUCAAAGAGAGGGCCUCACUCCCCAAAUUCCUCAUCAGAGGCCACCUAGACUCCACCAGCUGCGCCAUCACACAGCCCCUGACGGGAGAGCUGGUGGUGGAGCAUUCGGACGCUGCUAUCCGCAGCAUCGAGCUCCAGCUGGUCCGCGUGGAGACCUGUGGGUGUGCAGAAGGCUAUGCACGCGAUGCCACAGAGAUUCAGAAUAUUCAAAUCGCUGAUGGGGACAUUUGUAGAAGCCUUUCUGUCCCUCUGUACAUGGUCUUCCCCAGACUGUUCACAUGCCCGACACUGGAGACCACUAACUUCAAAGUGGAGUUUGAGGUUAACGUGGUGGUCCUUCUUCAUGCUGACCACCUCAUCACAGAGAACUUCCCGCUGAAGCUCUGCCGGACAUAGUCCAGCUCAGGAAGGGGACAGCCAGGUGGCCAUAUGGAUGUCGACUCAGUCAUCCGC